CAAGUCACAUAGAAACCUGCUAUGCCUUUGUGGCAGAGGCUUGGUAAUAACAAAACCAGUCUCUGGGGACUGCUACACAACUGGCCCUCCAAGAUGCACUGACUCCACCUCAUUUGCCUCUGAGCUGAGCAGAGUGACUGUCUGUGACACAGAAUGUCUUCCUUUUUGGUGACUAUCAACAUACUUAUACUUCUUCAUAGUGCAGUGUCUACAGAAGAGGAGUUGCGAGCUCACCCAUUCACUGAUGUUACCCUCUCUUGCCAUUUCUCCUUUGUGAAAGACACAGAGAAUCUUGAGUUUUCUUGGAAAAGAGAAGACAUCAUAGAGGAAUAUGAGGUAGAGGAUGACAAGGAAUAUUAUCGCUUUUUAAGGCAUUAUGACAUUUUUGAAGUAUUCUCGAAGUUGGUUUACCAGUUCCACAAUAAUACAGAGCAAUUGGAGGACCAGAACUCUCUGUAUGAAGGAAGGGUCUCUGUGGAUCGAGAUGAAAUCUUUGAGGGGACUCUAUCACUUUUGUUAAGAAAUGUGGAUUUCUUGGAUGAAGCUGUGUACAAGUGCUCAGCUAUCACACCAAAUGGAAGAGGGGAAAGUACAAUUAAACUAAUAGUAGAAGACUCUGAAAUGCCCCCGGUGCAGUUCAGUAGAAUGGAUGACGAGGACGUAGCCACUUGUGUCUCCCAGGGCUGGUAUCUCACACCCAACGUGACCUGGCUGGACCGUGCAGAGAGAGACCUGAGCAACCACAGCACAGUGGAGGUCCUCGAGGAACAACUGAACGGCUUCUUCAGGGUGUUCUCUGUCCUGAAAUACCCUGUCAAGCUCCAUGAGAAAUACGUGUGUUACAUAACAGAGACGGACGUGAAUAACCAGCCCUUCCGGAUCAUCCGCAAGUACCCAAAGAGAAAAUAUCCUGAUGACUACUAUUGAGAAAUUUGAAUUACAUCUGUCCAGGGGCCUGUCCUGCCUCAAGCCACCAGAGUACUUGGUUUUCCCUUAGGAAUGAUAUUCUUUUUGUGCUAGACACUUACCUUGUCAUAAACAGAAAGAAGGAAGGAAGCAGCAGAUCGGGGAUUUUAUCUGACAUGAUUGGUGAUCCUAUAUUUUGCCUCUUGUUACAUAUGUAUGUUGAAGGCUGUUUCUUUAUUUCUCUGCUUUAAUAAGAUUUA